AUGAAACGUUGUAGUAGUUGCAAAAAUUUUUUACCUGAAACCGCAUUUAAAAAAAUUAAAGCAACGUUAUCAAAAACUUGUAAUCAAUGUUUGGAUUACCGAAACCAUAAAAAUUGUGAGAUUCGAAAAUCAAAAAAAAUUUCUCAAGAUAAUGAUUAUAUAUUUAAUAAUGACGAUGUUGAAUUGGCCGAGAUUCAUAUUAAUCAAUUAUCACAAUUUGUUGAAGAAUUUGUUGCCAAUGAGGAAAAUAAGGAGUUUGAGCUAAAUAUAUUAUUCGAUAUUAAUGAAGAGAUGAAUUCAAUUACUCAAAUUGCUAAAAAAUUACGUGAAAUAAUUGGAGAUAGUGAUGGUUAUAAAUGGAACUUUUGGAAAGUUAAUUAUUCAACUUGCCUUCCUGACCAAAAAGGAACAAUAUAUUAUCAUUGCAGUCAAUCUGCAGUUUUAAAUAAAUUUAAAAAUUCUAAUAGAAAACGAAUUACAAGAUUUGAAUGUAAUGGGCAGUUUAUUAUUCACAUUAAUAUGAUAAAUUCUAAAGCUUAUAUUAAAGUCAAGCAUUUAUUAUAUCAUGAGUGUCCUGCUAUUUCUACUGAAAUUCUAAAGGAAAUAAUUGCUAAAAUAAAUCAAAAUUAUCAUCUUGAUUCUUUACAACUUCGUUCUUAUCUAUCUACACAUUUUGAUUUACAAGAUAUUACACCUAAACAAAUUUAUUAUUGGUGGAGUGUUUCAAUUCAAUCAAAGUAUCAAAAACAUAAAGAUCCUAUUUGUUCAGCUAUUAUUUUAUUUCAAGAACAAUUUCAAGAUUGUGAAUUAUUAAUGUCAAUUAAUAAUGAUACUUUAACAGCAAUUAUUUUUUCAACACCAAAUCUUCAAAAUUUAAAAAAUAUUAAAGAAAUUCAUAUCAAUGCAACAUAUAAAACAACUAAAGUUAAAAAUGAAGUUCAAAUAUCAGAAGAAUCAAAUAUUUUAAACAUAGUUGAAAGUGAUAAUGAAAAUGAUUUAGCAAUAGAAGAAAUCGAAAGAAAAAUUGAAAAACAUGAGUAA